UAAGACGUCAAAUUAAUUGCCGUGGCUGGAUUAUUUUUUCGAUACACGGCAAGAUUUUUAGUGAAAUUUUUUUUUAAAUAUCAGCAUUUAAUAAAUUUUUGCCGUUCUAACAAGAUAACAAAUACAGUAUUUAUUCCGCGCCGUUGUCACUAUUGCGUGCUAUUUGGCAAUUCCUGAGAUAAACGUGUUCAACAAGUAGGAUAGUAACAAAGUAUUGGUAGUCGGCAGCAGCAGCAACUACGUAUCCAUUACCUAGCCUGAAGAGGAGUUGUCAUUAGAAUGGCUGGACAGAAAUUUCAAUACGAUGAGAGCGGAGGAACAUUUUAUUAUUUCCUAUUAUCGUUUUUAGCCCUGGUUUUAAUACCCACUACAAUAUACUAUUGGCCAAGGAAAAAGAAAGAAGAUCCGGAAAAACUAAGAGAGGACUGCCAAUGCCCGGAUUGUAUCAAGAAAAAGGCGAUUUUAGCAUCUGCGGAACCAUAUCGGGCAGUAAAAAAUGCUUCCAUCAGAAUUGGUCUAGUCCUGGGCUGGACACUUUUAAUAUAUUUGGCAUAUCGUGUCUCGCAAUUUGACUACGAAAUGGCUAGUUUUGACCCCUUUGAAAUUCUAAAAAUCGAACCAACCGCAUCAAAGGCAGAAAUUAAAAAGGCCUAUCACAAAUUAUCGCUGGUUUUGCAUCCGGAUAAGGAGACUGGCGACGAAAAAGCCUUCAUGAUGCUCUCAAAAGCUUACCAAGCAUUAACCGACGAAGUUGCUAAGGUCAAUUAUGAAAAAUAUGGCAAUCCAGAUGGCCCCGGUGCCAUGUCGUUUGGCAUAGCUUUACCAUCAUGGAUUGUAGAGAAAGAGAAUUCCGUUUGGGUUUUAGGUUUGUAUGGACUGAUUUUUAUGGUUGCUUUACCCUCUGUUGUGGGUAUGUGGUGGUACAGAUCGAUACGCUAUUCGGGUGAUAAAGUGCUGUUGGACACAACACAGAUGUAUUUUUAUUUUAUACAUAAGACCCCACAUAUGCUGUUAAAGAGAGCUCUGAUGGUCCUCGCGGCAAGUUUAGAAUUCGAUAAACGACAUAAUUCACAAGUUGUGGAGCGCCAGUCGGACAAUGAAGAAGUUCCAGCGUUAAUUCGCCAACUACCCAAUUUAAAUGAGAAAUGUAAAGAACAUCCAUUGUGUCGUAUGUAUUCCAUAAAAGCUAGAGCUAUAUUGCAUGCACAUUUAUCACGAUUGCCCCUUAAUCCCGAGACACUGGAAAAGGAUCGGCAAUUCAUUGUGAAGAAAUGCCCAUAUCUAGUUCAGGAAAUGGUAUCUUGUGUCCAUCAAUUGGUAAUGUUGGCGUACGCUAGGCGCGUACCACGUUUACCCAGUAUCGAGACUAUUGAGAACUGCAUGAAAAUGUCACCGAUGAUAAUUCAGGCCUUGUGGGAGUUCAAAUCGCCCUUGUUGCAAUUGCCCCAUGUUACAGAUGAUCAUCUGUACUUCAUGAACAAGAAAAGACACAUUAAGAAUUUGCAGCAAUUUGCCCAAUUGGCACCCGAGGAAAGUCGACAGCUGUUGAAGAGUUUAUCAGAUUUCGAAUAUGGGAACGUAAUGAAGGUAUUGGGAAAAAUGCCUUCCAUUGACUUCUCCAUACGUUGCGAGGUAAUCGAUGAUGAAAAUACCAACGUGGUUACGGCAGGUGCUAUUGUUACGGUAACUGUUACUCUUGUGCGCAAGGAUAUGAAUACUCUGUUUGGCGAUUCAAAAGUGCCCCAAAAACAAGGCAUUAAGGAUGAUGAACAACAAGAGGGCGCUGAGGAAGAGGAGGCAGCAGUUAAUGCAGCACCUGUCAAAAAAUCAUCCACCUGGGCAAAACCUCGUAAAGGUAAAGGUGGCAAGGGAGGCAAAAAACCUGCCCCUAAUCAAAAGAAGAAAGCACCACCUCCAACGAAAGCUUCUGUUUCAUCAGCUGCUAAUGCAGAAAGUCAACAGCAAGAGUCUAAACACGACUCGGAUGGCGAUUCCGAGGCAGAUGCCAGUGAUGUUGAUGAAAAAGAGUCGGUUUCCGAUAGCGACGAGGAAAAUGAGAAACAAACCAAGAACUCCUCCUUGGAUGACGACGAUGACGAAGAGUGGGAAAGAUUACAAGCCAAAUUGAACAAGCGCGAAAAGCUUGAAGGCAAAUCACGCAUAUCGCACACUGUACAUUGUCCCUACUUUCCUGAAGAGAAGCAGGAAUACUGGUGGACAUAUAUCUGUGAUCGCAAAUCACGCACUCUGCUGACAGCACCUUAUCAUGUCACAAAUUUAGUAGAAAGGGAAGAAAUUCAAUUGAAAUUCACGGCUCCCCGCUGGCCAGGAGUUUAUACAUUUACCGUUUGUCUCCGUUCAGAUUCUUACCUUGGUAUGGAUCAACAGCAAGAACUCAAACUGGAUGUGAAGAAAGCGCCAGCACCUCCCACAGACCAUCCACAAUGGGAUCUCAGUGAAUCAGAACAUGAAAAUAAUGAUCAACCCGAAAAUCUCAGCGAAUACACGACUGAUACUUCGGACGAAGAAGAUUCUGAGUAAACUACAAAUUCUGGACAAAAGCCCACGUCUAUACCACCAAACAACCAUCCUUCCUCCACAAAACAACAAAAGAAAACACAUUCAAGAUCCUCCCUCCUAUAUGUAAUAAUAAACUAAUUUUUUAUAUGUAGAAGAACAUCAUUACUUCAUGAAGCUGCAGGGAGACAGACAAUUGGCAAGAUCUCUCCCGAUAUAAAAUUCCAUUAAUAGAAGAGACAAAAAAAUUAUAUUUGAGAAAUGUCUACUUCUUUAAAACGAUUGUUUUGUUUCAUAAGUUUUUCCUUUGACAUGACAAAACCAGUGGGAUAACAAUGUAAAAUCGGCAUCCUACCAUUUCUAAAGAUGCGAAACAUUUAAUAAGUGUGUUGAGUUAUAGUUAAAAUCAAAUAAGCAUUUUUACUAGUUUUGUAAUAAAGAAAUCAUUUUAUUAUUAAUUAAAAAAUGAAAAAAAGAGUA